AGAUAUAUAAAGAGUCUUUUUGGAUCAAUGUUACAGCUUUUAACUUGAGGAAAGAUUUUAAGACAGCUACAGUUAAAACAAUGGCUGCUCUUCAGGUGCUCUGUCACAUUUUGACAACCAGAUAAUCAUGACUAUCACAGACACAGAUUGGGGAAGAUCCUCAUAAAUCAAAUGGGAAAAUGUCUAGAAACUGGAUUGAUAGAGGUGAACAGAUGAGAUAUAGUGGUAGAUACCCAAUCAAUGAAAUGUGGAAUACCAGACAGGCUUUGAUGAAUGAUUUGAGAAGAAACUUAACUCUAAAUAAAUAUUUGACAUCUAUUGAAAGAAAAUGUUCCGAUUUUGUUUUUGAAAAAAGAAACAGCAGAUCAAAUUAUUCAAAUUGGAAACAAUCAGCUCCGUGCACAGUUGGAAAAGACACUACAGACAAAGUAUUGGAAGACAAAUCACGAGAAAGAAGGGGGGAACCAGAAGAUUCAUCUGGUUACUUUAAUGAUGAUCCAAAUGUUGACAUAUCUUUAGACGUUGAAAAUGAAACUUCUACAGCAAAACCAAUAAAUGCUGAAUUUAUUAUUAAAGAAGAACCUUCCUCUGAAAAUUUUGCUAUUAAUACAGAGUACAGUGAAUUCAAUAUUAAUUUGCCAGGAAAUUUGCAAAAGAAUCAAGCAGAUCAAAUUGAAAGCCAGACAGAAGAAUCAAAUCUAUUUCAGAUUCAAAAUUUAAGCAUAGAAGUCAAAUCUGAAGAAAAUUAUGAGACUGAACAAACUAUUAAUACAAAAGAUGUUGAGGACUGUGUCACAGAAGAAAAUCCUUUUGACUUUCAAGAGAUUUCUGCAACAAAAUGUGAUGAAAAUGACUCAGGCUUAGAUAAGAAGUCUGAAAGUGGUGCAAAGACAAAGAAUUGCAAAGAAAAAUCUAUUACUUACAAAGAUUUUGUAAGGUCAGUUUCAAAAUUAGUAAGUGAUAGUGAAUCAUCUAAAUCGGAGAAAAUACAACAUUCAGAUAAAAAUUGUGGUAAGCUUAAAAAGACAAAAAAAAUGAAAUCUCCGAACUCGAAAAAAGAUAGUGAUGUUGACAAAACAAUUAGGAGUACUCGAAGUUCAAUAAAGUGUAAAAAGGUUCAUAAUGUAGAAAAGAAAAGAACAAAGAAAGAAGAAGAAAAGAAAGUCAGAAAUAAAACUGAAGUGAUAGCUAUUACAAAUACUCUCAAACAGAACAAACAGAAAACAAAAUCAAAGAGUAGGUAUUCUACUAGAUCUCAAAGAAAGGAAAAAGAAUCUGAAGAAGAAAGUGUGUAUGAGGAGCCUUCUGCAUCAAGAUCAAAGCAAAAAGAAUAUCAUAAAAGAAAGAUUGUAUAUCCUGCAGAUGAGGACAUUCCACUUGCAAAAUACACAAAGUUAUUACAUCACAAUGAAGAAACUAAAGUAAAAGACUCAUUUAAAGGAGCUACUGAUUUUGACAAGGCCAUUUGUUACUCACCUGAUAGUUGUGUUCAUUCUGAUAAUAAAACUGAAGAGGACAUUAAUAAGUCUAAAACAAACCAGAUAGAUAAAUUUGACUCAGAAUUAAGGGAUAGAAAGAUGAAAAAAGAAAGUACUCUUCAGACACGUUUGAUCCUGAUAAAUGAUUCUGAUUCUGAUAAACAACAGAACACCACAAACCAAACUGCUAGUCGUGAGUUAGACUGUUUAAACAAUAACACAGAUUUAAAACAAGAAAAGUCAAGCAGUCAACAUGUUGAUGGUGACGAAACUUGGUCAUCGUCACAUGAAAAUGAGCAAUUGUGGGAAUAUUUAAAAUGUGAUUUUUGCGAUUUCAUGGUCAGUAAGAAAAAGGAACAAAGUUAUCAAUUGAUGGAGGAGCAUUUAGAAAGUACAAAACAUAACGCUGCUAGUAUUGUUAAAAUCAGCAUUUCAGAUGGUGAAUUGAAGCCAGUCUUUGUUAAAAAGGAACAUGCAAUCCUACUGUCUUUAGAAAAAGCUACUGUUUUACCGUAUUGUCCUACAUGUUUUACUAUUAUGCCCUCUAUCUGGACUGUACAGUUGCAUGCUAAAUACAAACAUAGUGAAAGUAGCAAUUAUGAUAAAGACAAAUAUUGUCUCGGUAAAAUAGACAAUGUGGUGAAUAUCCCUAUUCCAAGAAAAAUUAAUGUUUGUAAGAAAUGUGGACUAAAAAAAAAUAAUAUUCAAGAACACUGGGAAACCCACAAUCAUUUUCCAUAUGAUCUACCAUCAAGCAAUCAAAUAGCACAGUUUUCUUGUAGUGCAUGCAAUCGAUAUUUUGAUUCAUUCUCCUCAGCUCUCAGUCAUGCAGUUGCCCAUGAAAAACAUGAUAAAUUGCAAAAUGAUGGUGUAAUCAUUACUUAUAUCACAAAAUCAGAGCAGGUAUUAACUUUGCUGCCUAGAGAAAAAACACUUUCUAAUGGAAGGGCUUUGGAAAUCUUAAACCAGGCUAAGUUAGCAAACAAACAAGGACAGUGGACUAGAGCACAAAGAAAAGAAUUUGAAAUGAUGGCAGUUGAUUGGAAGCGCUGUUUUAAACAGUAUUAAGAAAUUUAUUUGUUACAACAUGUUAUAAAAUGUUUUGGUGUUUUA